UAUUAAUUAUAAACAUAAAAAAGAAUAAAAAGCUAAUAAAUUUUUUUUGAUAAAAAUAUCAAAUAAUUGGUGUCAAUUUCCUUCCAUCUUUCAGCUAUAAAACUAUAAAAAAGUAACACACACACAAAAUAUAUCUACGCGAGAUCAUAAAAUGUUAACUAUGGAAUAAAUUUAAACAAGAGUUUUGCCUGAGUCAAAUUAACUUAUUUUACAUACGAAUGAACAUUAAAAAUUGGAAUAAAAAUAAAUGGUUUGCUAGAUUUAUUCUUUCUGUUCUUAGAUUCUAAAUAUCAUAUAUUCUUAAAAGGAAUUUAGAGAGGAAAAAUUGAAAAAAAUUUAAAUUGAAGAAAAAGCAGAAGAGUUUAUGAGUUUUGGCCUUAUAACUGAAGAACAUGUAUCUAUUCAGAGCAUAGAGAAUCAACUAAAAGAAAUUUAAGUUAACUUAAACUAGACCUUAAAUUUUAAAAAUAAAUAUAUUGAGGAAUUGUAGAAGAGAUAAUCUCUAUUAAAACAGUAAAAUUAUCUUUUUCAAUCAAAAAUAAUGAUGCAUAUAAAAAACUAUGACAGUAAAAGAAGAUUAAGUGAAUAAGAUUACAAUCAAAAAGAACUCAUGUUGAAUUUAUAAAGUCUAUAAAUUGAUUAAUUAUCUAAAAUCGAUCAAGCAAAUAAUUUAUCUUCCACAAUUCCUUCUUUAUCUACUUUGAGCUCUUUAGGUAGACUGAGUCUUGUGUAGGAAGAAAUUUUAGAUAAUUUAGAGGCAUAAAAAGUUAAUAGUAAUUUGUUACAAUUUCAGUAGUAACCUGAAUCGAUAUUUAUAAUGAAAAAAGAAAACUAAAGUUCUAAUCAGCCCGUCGCUUAAUAAUCAGAAACUGAUUUAGAUUUAGAUUUUUUAAAAAUUAAACAAAAAUUAUAAGGUGACUAGUAGGAAAAUGAUACAUAAGAAGCAAAUAUGUUUUUUAGCGAUAAAAUUGUGAAGUUAUCUAGAUCUUCAAAAACUGAAGAGAAUUUUAUUUGUUUAGAUAAAAAUUACUUUUAUGUUUUGAAAGACUUAAAUUAAUUAAAGUAAAAUAAAAGAUUUCCAAUCAAAGAUAUCACAAAGAUAAAAAUUUCUUCUCAUGAUCAAUGCGAGAUUCAAAUAAAAAAAGAAUACUCAUUAAUAAUAUCUAUCUCAACGAGAUAAUUAUUGAUAAAUUACAUCAUUUCAAUAUUUAAAAAUAUUUUAAAAGUAAAACCUCCUCAAAUUAUACACUCCAAAAUACUUGCUUAAAAAAGAACACAAAGUGAUAAUUUAAGCAAUAACAAUUUAAUUUCUAAUUCAUAAGUAAGUCUUAAUGGAUUUUCAGCUAGUUAAUUGUAAUGCGAUUGA